AUGGAGGAUUCAGAGCUAGAUUCUUCCGAAUUAGGUACUUAUAAAUAUUGGCAGGAAGCUUAUAGUAAAGAAAUAAGCAAUUUCGAAGAUCACGGAGAUACUGGAGACGUGUGGUUUGGUGAAGACAGCGCCUUGAGAGUCGUAAGAUGGAUAUCAAGAAGUGAUUUAGCCAAAGACACAGCUAUCAUUGAUUUAGGUUGUGGAAAUGGUUACACAUUGUUGGAACUAGCGAGGGAGGGUUUUACAAAUCUACUCGGCAUUGACUACUGCCAAGAAGCAGUGACUUUAGCCGAGAAAAUUACAAACGAAGAGUUCCCGCUGAUAAAAUAUAAGGUAUUCGACAUUAUAAACGAUGAUGUGACAACUCUCGGUAAAUUCGGUUUAGUUCAUGAUAAAGGGACGUACGACGCUAUCAGUCUUAACCCGGAGAAUCAGAGAGGAAAUAGAGUGAAAUACAUAGAAAAAGCAGCACAACUAAUAGAAGAUAAUGGUAUAUUCGUGAUAACUUCCUGUAACUGGACCGAAUCGGAACUAAUAAAACAAUUUGGUGACAAAAUGAAAUUCAAAUGUGUUAUACCGACGCCGCAGUUCAAAUUUGGCGGGAAAGUCGGCAGCGUUGUAUCAUCUGUGGUGUUUGAAAAGAUAUGA